UAAAUAUUUAGUUCUGAAAAGCCAGUCAAAACAAUUGUGAUGUUUAUAUUAUUUUAUUUCUUGGUUCCUUUCGAUUUCUUGUAUUUCUGUUUGGACCGUCAUAACUACCAUGGCAACCGCCAGGAAUCGUGGUAACCAGAAGGACUCCGGAAUUUUCAACAUCGGCGAACCGCAGUUCAAGGUGCCGCAGACCGUGCGCGUGGAGCACGACUUCUACAGCUCCCGGCUGUUCCAGAUGAUGCAGCACGACCUGGAGAAGGUGAACCGCAGUCUGGAGCUCUCCAAGGAGAAUCCCAUGACCCGGGAUUUCAUUGAAAAAGCGAUGACGCAGGAAAUGAAGGCCAUCAAGCACGCGGAGUUUGUGGAGAAGAAACGUCGCCAGCAAUUACGGCGGGAUUGCGAGGAGCUGCGGGAUUUGGCAGAGCAACUGCGUCUGGCUGCCAUCUCAAAGGAGCUGGCCGAGAAUCUGGAGGAGAACCGGCAGCGCCAAAUGUCCGUGAAAAUGGAGGCCCGGGAAAUGGCGGAGGAGCGCUGUCUAAUGGAGGCAAAGGAACGCGAGAAAGAGGCCGUUAAGGAGGAACAGCGCCGUCUGAGAGAGUCCUUGGCAGAACAAAUGGAGGAGCACCGCCGGCGUCGUCAGCAGGAGCGCCAGGUGAUGAACGACCGGGAGCUCAGUCUCCUGAGGCAGAAGCAAAUACAGGAGGAAGAUCGCGCCCAGCAGCUGGAGGCGGAGCGAAAGAAGCUGCAGAAGCGGCAAGACAUGCUGCAGUCCAUCAGAAACCAGGAGCACAGGGAAUGGCAGCGGGCCCAAAACAGCUACGAGUUGGGCGAUCUCGUCAAGAAGCAGACUGAAAUUGAUCGCAGAAAACGCGAACUGGAGGAGGAACGCCAGGAGAUGCAGCGCAAAAGCAGGAGAUCAGCAUACGCUGGCCAGCAAGUCCUGGAAAUGGAGAACAAGAAACGCCAACGCGACAACCUAUUGUUGGAUCUACUGGAGGGAUACACGGCCAAGAGUGACGAGCGCUUCCGCCAGCAGAUGCAGCAGGAGCAGAUGUCGCGCCGGCGCACCAGAGAGGAGCUGGACCGCUAUCGCCAGGAGGUGGAGCUGCGCAAGAUGGCCCAGAUGCAGCUAAAACGAGCGGAGAGCACGCGGCAGCAGGAGGCACCGGAUAUGAGCAACCAGGAUACGGAGAAGCAGCUGGAGGACUACCGUAAACGCAACCACGGAGCCACCUUGCUGGCCAUGAUCGAGGACAACCAGCGGAAGCGGGCGGAGGCCACCGCUGAAAGUGUGCAAUACUUCGACGCAAAGGCCAAAGCUGAUGCUGAGCAGCAGGAGCGUAUUAAGCAGGAGCGUCUGGCCAUGCUGGGCCAGGUUCCCGCCUCCGUGCUCCGGUAUCUGCCCAAACAUGUUCUCACCUCUACGGAUCGCGAGCAUUUCUGUCAAGAGCAGCAGGCAAUGGGCGGUGGCGAUUCCUAGACUUAUUUAGAAAAUGGUAAUUCAAGAUGGUCAUGUUUAUUAUUAAUGCGGACUGCCUUGGCUUCCCAAAAUAUACAAUUUCAAAAGGCGCGCCAUUCUGCGUA